AUGCACCAAGCUAGUCUUCUUUCGUAUUUCUCUAAACCGGGGACUCCAACGCUCUCCAUUCCGAUAAACCCCAGAGAAAGGGUUUCCGACAAAAAUGAUAACAACGCGUGUCUGCGUCCGCGUGUUUCUCACAGCCAAGGGCCUGGUAUCAUCGAGGCAGCCCUAAAGCAAGCCUCUCAGAAGCCGGCCGUCCACACUUUGAAAGCCGACAAAGACCAAGUCGAAAUCUUGAGACCUGAAAAUGUCACCCAGGAGCCAAAGCGUGCGAUUAUGGAAGCUCAGACUACUUCAAGCGACCGCGUACAGCAUUUUGAGGUAGUCUCUAUUCCCCACCUCCCGGAAGCUCUUGUUGCAUCAGUCUCAGCAGAACACCUUCCCGCAAUUCAGCGUCUCACAGCCACAACCCUCCCUGUUCGAUACAGCGAUGCUUUCUUUACCACAACAUUGACUGACCCAAUCGUCAGCCAACUGUCUCGCGUCGUCCUUUACGCGUCGCAGCCUGUUGGCUGGAUCCGCUGUCGUUUAGAGCCAUGCUCGCCCAAUAUUUCUUUUCUCGCUCAGAGAAACCGGCCACCUUCCCAGAUCUAUAUCCAAGCUCUAGCUCUCCUUUCGCCAUAUCGUAGCCUCGGCCUUGCAACACUGCUGCUGGACACUAUCUUGUCUUCGGCCAGUGCUCAAGCUGCGGACACAGUGUGCAUCUAUGCACACGUGUGGGAGAAGAACGACGACGCGUUGGAGUGGUACUCCAAUCGCGGCUUCAAGCGGGUCAUGCUUGUGGAACACUAUUACAGAAAGCUGCGACCGAGCGGUGCUUGGAUAGUUAGGAAAGAAUUGGAUGGAUCAUGA